ACGAACUCAUCUCUACAAUUCAGUUGUCAUCUAACGCAGCCAUUUUAGGCCUGUAUCGAGCACACCGAGAGAGUAUCGGUAUAUACGUACGUGCGCCUAUAUAAACUCCUCGAACCAGCCACAACUCAUCACCACCCACAGCAAGUCAAGUCAAAGGGCAGCAGGUAAGCUGGCAGAAGCUUAGCCAUGGCGAACACGAGGCUCGCGGUCGUGGCCAUGCUUGUGAUCUUACUGCAGCUGUCCACGUUAUCCGUGGCCCGGCACCACGCCAAGCCGGACCCCUGCGUCGGCGAGGACGACUCCGUGCCAGGCAUGGUCCACAAGCACAAGAAACCCCACUGCCCGUCGCCGGGCGGCAGCGGUGGCGGCGGCGGCGGCGGCGGCACGCCUGGCGUGAUGACGGUGAACGGGUUCCAGAAAGGCGAGGACGGCGGCGCACCGUCGGAGUGCGACGGCAAAUACCACAGCGACAAGGACAUGAUCGUGGCGCUGUCGACGAGGUGGUACGCGGGCGGACGCCGGUGCGGCAAGAUGAUCAACAUCACCAGCAAGAAGAACGGGCGCACCGUGCAGGCCAAGGUGGUGGAUGAGUGCGACUCCAACCACGGCUGCAAGACCAACAUCGUGGACACCACGGAAGCCGUGUGGAAGGCGCUCGGGCUCGACAGCGACAUCGGCGAGGUGCCCGUCACAUGGUCCGACGCCUGAGACCAUGUAUUCACCCGUGAGCAGUCUCGGCAGCCGCCGGCGGCCAGAAGUACGGCAGUUGCUCACGGCGCCGUAUCCCAUAUCGAUGGAGUCAAGUCAAGUGUCAGUGUCGUUGCUAAUCUCGAAGGGUACGUACUUUGUCGAGUACGCAGCACAAUAAACUACCUAUAUGGAUGGUAGUGCGAGUUUAUCUUGUUGGUGUCUGUCUCAGUUUGAUAUUGGUAUCCUGUUGUACUGUUAUAGUACUAUACUACUUCUCUCGUACGUAUUACACAAGAAAUGCUAGCUCCCGAUUCUUCACUGUAUCUCUAUCUGAGUUCAUCUUUUGUGCUUGUGUACGUUAUCUAGACUGGCUUUUGUAUUAUUA